CUAGCAAUAUUAACAUGUGGAAGCUUAAGGUUGCAGAAGGUGGAGAAAGUAAUUUCUCGGGUUACCUUCACAGCACAAACAACUUUGUGGGAAGGCAAACUUGGGAGUUUGAUCCUAAUGCAGGAACUGCUGAAGAGAGAGCAGAGGUUGAAGCAGCUCGUCUUCAUUUCUACAACAAACGCCAUCAGGUUAAGCCUAGUGGUGAUCUUCUUUGGAGAUUGCAGUUCCUAAGAGAGAAGAACUUCAAUCAAACAAUCCCUUCGGUUACAGUUCAAGAUGGCGAGGUUAUCACACAUGAAAAGACCACAGAUGCACUGAGAAGGUCUGUCCACUUCUUCUCAGCUUUGCAGGCAAGCGAUGGCCAUUGGCCUGCGGAAAAUGCAGGCCCUUUGUUCUUCCUUCCUCCUCUGGUCAUGGUUAUGUACAUUACAGGACAUCUUAACAGUGUAUUCUCAAAUGAGCAUCGUAAAGAAAUUUUGCGUUACAUAUACUAUCAUCAGAAUGAAGAUGGUGGGUGGGGACUACAUAUUGAAGGUCACAGCAUUAUGUUCACCACAGCUCUCAGCUACAUUUGUAUGCGUAUUCUCGGAGAAGGACCUGAUGAUGGUGGCCAAGACAAAGCUUGUCCAAGAGCAAGAAAGUGGAUUCUUGAUCAUGGUGGUGUCACGCACAUACCCUCUUGGGGAAAAACCUGGCUUUCGAUACUUGGUUUGUUUGAUUGGUCUGGAAGCAACCCUAUGCCCCCAGAGUUUUGGAUUCUUCCUUCAUUUCUUCCUAUGCAUCCAGCAAAAAUUUGGUGUUACUGUAGGAUGGUUUACAUGCCAAUGUCAUACCUUUACGGAAGAAGGUUCGUUGGCCCAGUUACACCUCUCAUUCUUGAAUUGAGGGAUGAACUCUUUUUACAACCUUACAAUGAAAUCAAUUGGAAGAAAGUACGUCACCUAUGUGCCAAAGAGGAUAUCUACUACCCUCAUCCUUGGAUACAGGACCUCCUUUGGGAUAGCUUCUACAUCUGCACAGAGCCUCUUCUUACUAGUUGGCCCUUCAACCAGUUGAUCAGAGAAAAGGCUCUUCAAUUGACGAUGAGGCAUAUUCAUUACGAAGAUGAGAACAGCCGAUACAUUACCAUGGGGUGUGUGGAAAAGGUGUUAUGUAUGCUCGCCUGUUGGGCUGAAGAUCCAAAUGGGGACUAUUUCAAGAAGCAUCUCGCAAGGAUCCCUGAUUAUUUAUGGGUUGCUGAAGAUGGGAUGAAGAUGCAAAGUUUUGGAAGUCAAGAGUGGGAUACUAGUUUUGCCAUUCAAGCGUUGAUUGCUAGCAAUCUCACGGAUGAAAUUGGACCAACACUCGCUAGCGGACAUGACUUCAUAAAGAAAUCCCAGGUCAAGAACAACCCAUCUGGUGACUUCAAAAGCAUGUAUCGCCACAUCUCUAAAGGAUCGUGGACUUUCUCCGAUCAAGAUCAUGGUUGGCAAGUUUCUGAUUGCACUGCAGAAGGUUUAAAGUGUUGCCUUCUGUUAUCGGUGAUGCCAUCGGAGAUAGUUGGUGAAAAAAUGGAAACCGAGUGCUUGUAUGAUUCUGUCAAUGUUCUACUUUCCCUACAGAGCACGAAUGGUGGUUUUCCAGCCUGGGAACCAGCAGGAGCAGCAGAGUGGCUAGAACUGCUAAAUCCAACAGAAAUCAUGGCGGACAUUAUGAUUGAGCAUGAACAUGUUGAGUGCACUUCAGCAGCAAUCCAAGCUUUAGUUUUGUUUAAGAAGCUAUACCCUGGGCACAGGAAGGAAGAGGUCGAACGUUCUAUCUCCAAUGCCACACAGUAUCUUGAAAACACACAAAUGCCUGAUGGGUCAUGGUAUGGAGAGUGGGGAAUUUGCUUCACAUAUGGUACCUGGUUUGCACUAGGAGGAUUGGCAGCUGCUGGGAAAACCUACAACACUUGCACAGCCAUGCGAAAAGGAAGUAGCUUUCUACUUGCGGUGCAGAGAGAGAAUGGUGGUUGGGGAGAGAGCUUUCUUUCAUGUCCACGAAUGACAUAUAUUCAUCUAGAAGGAGACCGAUCCAAUCUAGUACAGACUGCUUGGGCUAUGAUGGGUCUCAUUCAUGCGGGACAAGCAGAAAGAGACCCGAGACCUCUUCAUCGUGCAGCAAAGUUUAUAAUCAAUUCACAACUGGAAAAUGGUGAUUUUCCCCAACAGGAAAUCACUGGAGCCUUCAAGAAGAACUGCAUGCUACAUUAUGCAGCGUAUCGGAAUAUAUUCCCACUGUGGGCUCUUGCAGAAUAUCGCAAUCGGGUUCCCUUGCCUUCCGAGUGUUGAUCUGCUCACCAUAUUAUGUAACUCCUCAAAAAUAAAGGAUCAAACAUGAUACUCUAUAGAUGAAAUUUCUUAAUUAAUAUGAAUAGAAACGGAUCCCAAUAUCUGUAGUACAGUUUUCCUACA